UAAUCUUAACUAGGUGUUAGACGUAACUGAAUUAGCAAAAAUGUAAAGAAUAUUUCUUAUUCCUUGUAAACCGUUUACAGUAUAUAUAUUAUAGUUAUCAAUAAUGGGAUAUGACAGGUUAACAAAACAAUUUUGAUGGCCGCAGAAUGAGCUAUUGUUGCAGAGUAGCUUUUGGAUAAAUAACGUGUUGAUUUUUCGAUGUAUUUGAUGGUUCGUGCUUUUCGCCUUAAAAAUGACACUUCCUAACUUUUUGCCGAUUGUCUUCCUCUUUUCUUGUCUUAAUUUGGAUUUUUCUGCAGUUAAUUGUCUACACAUGCCAGAUUCAUACAAAUCUAACCAUCAAGCUUAUGUAUCCUUUUCUUUUUCUUCUGAUGCUUCAAUAAGAGCAAAACGAUCCACUGUACCUAGUCUUCCACGCAAACUGUCACCAAGAUUCGUUUUCCAGGAUGAACUAGUCAAUCUUGAUCUUAUUACAAACACAAAGCUUUUAGCACUGCCACCUAUCCAUAGAAACAUUAAUGGGGAGAUAAUCAAAGAUGCCGAAAUAACUAAAUUACAACCAACGGAAAGAUAUUAUCAAGAUUUAAACAGAGGCGCAUCAUUUCAUGUCGAAUGCCAGGAUCCAUGUAUUGAUUAUGCACUGACUGGAUCAUUUACUCUAAGAGAAGAGACAUAUUUUGUAUUUCCAACAAAUACCACGAAACAUACUACGAAUAGAAUCAUUCACCGGAUUACUAAACCAGAUCCUUUACUGUCCUUUAAUGAUUUUAUUGUAGAAGGUAAUGUUUCUCACAAUAGUCAAGCAGAAAAUAAUCAAAGAUUCAAAAGACAAACAUUUAGAUAUGCCAUAGAAAUAUUUCUUGUAAUAGAUUAUUCAGUUUUUAAAUUUUGGAUGGACGAAAGUGGACAGAAUAAAACACUUGCUAUGGAAAGAAUUAACACAUAUUAUGCAUUCAUGAUUAAUGGGGUAGACAUACGAUUCAACAAUUUACCAAACGCACCCUUUUCAAUAGGAUUAACAUAUAUAGGUAUCUAUAUCUCCGAGACACCAAGUGAUUCAUACUGGACAGAAAACAGAAAGAUAACACAGCCUUCAGGUGAAGAUAGAAUAGAGCCAGAUACAACUUUAGCAAUAUUCAGCAACUGGGUUCAACAGAAUUCCCAAUCAUUGUCAAACCCAGAUCAUACCAUGUUGUUCACAAAGUACCAGCUUGUGCGAGGUGGUUCAACCAGUGCCAGUGGAGUUGCCUAUCUUGGUGCAAUGUGUUCUCCGUUGAGUCAGUCUCUCGUACACGACAAUUUCAAUUUCAUAUCACAAACUGUGGCAGCUCAUGAAUUAGGACAUAGUCUUGGUGCUAUUCAUGAUGGGGAUCAAAAUGUGUGCAAUAAAAGUGCGGCAUUCAUCAUGUCCGCUACCGGAAGUGCUAAGCUUGGUGAUACAGCCAGACAUCCUUGGAUUUUCUCAUCCUGUUCUGUUGCAGAGAUACAGACAGUGAUAGAUAAACUCAAUAGUCAAGGACCAAAUUGUUUGCUGUCCAGUACAUCACAGUCAAUUAUAGAUAUCUACCAGUACAUGUCAGACCCUAUAGGACAAGAGUUUACCAUAGAUAAACAAUGUCAGCUGAUAUUUGGGUCAAUGUCUUAUGCUAGCAGGGUAAUAUACAGUAACAACUUCGACAAUAUUUGUACAGGAUUAUGGUGCUCAACAGGAGGAUCCAGUUUAUCUCUAGUAAUACCGGCCGAUGGAACAACAUGCGGAAACAACAUGUGGUGUGCUGGUUAUUCUUGUGUAAAUGAUCUGUCAGCUCCAUCCACUACCGAAAGUUGUAUGUUUGGCGAUACUCCAUUCACUCCAAUCAAUGGGGAAUCAUGUGACUCCUUUAUUAAGAGUCAACCUUGGCAGUGCUAUGUCGAUAAUGUUUUCAACAGUUGCUGUCAAUCCUGUCUUAACCACAGAACCAAUGAUAAUGAAUGCAUUUUUGGUGAUAUUGGUGACUGUUCGUCACUAAGUCCAAGGGACUGCUAUACUACUGCCUUAGAAAACCAAUGCUGUCGAUUCUGUCAGCAACAUAGAACUAACAUCCAUGACUGUAGAUACGGCGACAAAUCAUCAGGUUGUAUGGAAAUGUUAUGUCCAUAUUAUGUUCAUCCUGAAUGGUGUUGUGAAACAUGUCACAAUCAAAUGUUUCCAACAAGCUCUACAACAACAAAUAUAGAUUGUUUAUAUGGAGACCUAUGGCAAGGAUGUAUGGAAAACCUAUGCCCGUUUUAUGUUAAUCCUCAAGGUUGUUGUCAUACAUGUAGACAAUAUUUAGCAAAUCGUAAUGUAACGACAACAACUCCGGCUACAACUACAACAAAACCAACUACAAUGACAACAACACCGACGACUACAACUUCAACUACCACAACACCGACGACAAAAAUUUCGACCACCACAACACCGACGACUACAACUUCGACGACCACAACACCGACGACUACAACUUCGACCACCAAAACGCCGACGACUACAUCUUCAACAACAACAACAACUCAGAAAACUACAGUUCCGAAAACAACUACAACAACUUCUACAACUACAACUCCGACAACAACAACACCAACGACAUCCACUCCAACAUCAACUAGUACAACAGUCCUAAAAACUACAACGUUGGCAUCCUUUACUGAACCCACAACGAAAUUUGCGACAACUUCAGAAAGCCUUUCACCUGCUUCUCUUGUAUCCGAUACCAAAGACAAAUAUGUUAUACCGGUCAUUUCGGUUCUGGUCGGACUUUGUCUUUUACUGUGUAUUGUUCUGGUACUAGAUCAAUAUAGACGCAGAAAUGGUGGACGACUACGCAGACAAAAGAAUCAACCAGACAGACAAGCUAUUCUACGAGAGAGUCCCGUUUGGCAAACUAUUGAAACCGAUAAACAGAUAUAUGACAACAAAGGAUUUCAACCAGAGGACAAUCACAAUGUUGUACAGAAAGGGACAUUCAUCUCAAUCAAUGUAAGUCGGCCUGGUUAUCCAGAUUACAAUCGACCAGUUUCUGCUGCUGAAGUGACCCUUGCGGAAACCGUUUUAGACAAGCCUGUCGGUCAGAUCAGUAAGACAUAUGGAUUGUCUAUGGAAAAUGAAAAUAGGUUGAGUAGCAUUAUUGAGGACAGGCAGAUGCAACAGAAUGGUGCAGUGAUCAGUGAAACCAAAACCUCAGUACCAAGACGUUCGGAAUCAGAUAGAGCCGUACGAAUUCAAACUUCGACACCUAGAUAUGAAAAGAAAGACAGUCCUCGAAAAAUCAUCGAAAAAACAAGGGAGACUAGCUUGAGAAGACAUGCAAGUGAUAGUAUUAUUGAAGGUUCGGUUCUCGAUCGGAGAUUGCAUUUAAGAGAUAGGUGGUUAAAAGAACAGCAACAACACAUGCGGGGCGAAGUUUCGCCAAGACAUAGGCAACAGAAUAAACAACAUGCAAGAGGUCAUGCAUUUCAAGCUGUGAACAAAGGUGAAAGUCCUCGUGCGUAUUAUACAACUGGGGAAGAAUAUUUACUUGUAACACCGAGACAGCAAGCACAUAGAUCUCCUCGGUUACAAAGUACUCCUAGGUCACCGCGGCAUAAUAAAACUAUGCCGCCUGAUGCCUAUGGCACAUCUUCUGGUAAACCAGUUGUUGUUUACACUGAAGGUGGGGAACCAGUAAUGCUCUAUCCAAGUCAACACUCCCUCAAUCGAAAACGGAAGAAAGAUCGGGUUCGCCUCAACCGUUCUGGAUAUUUUACAGACUUGUAAUUCAUACAAUAUAACCUAUUUAUCUACAAUAUAGUGUGGUAGUAUUAUGAGGAACAACUUUGUGUAUAAAACUUUUGUGAUGUUCACCAAAAUACCAUAAGCUUUUCUUGAAUAAACAUAAUAAAAGGUG